AUGUCUGCCUCUGGUACAAGAGUCGUGUCCGCGCGGACCCCCCAACGACCCAUCACCCCAGCCCCCGUCGCCGAGAGCCCAGGAAACUGGUCCCACCCGCGCCUACGCGAAAUCACAAGACGUCGCAACGCCACCACGUUCACGGACAAGAAUGUCCGCAAAAUCGCCUACAACAUCGCCGCGCUAAUCGGUCUUUGGGCCCUCCAACGGGUUACCGAGUCCGCCGUCACCUCCUUUUUCAGCCCAGAUAUCAUCAGCCACCAAACCAAAAACAUCCUCUCUUGGGCCUACCUCCUCCUUCAAGCCCUCCCCAUCCUCAACAUAGGCCUCGCCCUCCUCCCCCUCUUCCGCACCGAAGACGACAUCUCCGAUAUCCCCCUGACCCCAGGCCAGCGCAAACUCCUCGGCCUACCCCCAAGCUCGGCCCCUCCCACCCCCAACGCCGUUUACAGCACCCCGCCGCGCUACUCCCGAACGCCCUCUAUAACGGGUUCUCCGCUCUCCGCCCGCGGAAGCAGCAGCAGUCUUAACAAGGCUUCCGCUACUGCUGCCAAGGGUUCGCCCUCACCGUACUCGCCCUCCGCGAGUCCCCUGAACGGAAAGAGCGGGUUCAAUCCUUCGCUUAAUGGUGGUAAUGGCCGGAGGUCUUCGUUCGGGUCGCCUAGUCCCCUGCGUGCAUCGGGAAGCAGCUUGUUCUCGGAGCCUGCGACGCCUAGUCCCUCGGGGACGAAGAAGACGAGUGUUGGUUUGAAUAACAAGUGGUUGUAUGAGAAGGGCAGGAGGUCCUCGGGCUCCUGGAUGCAAUGA